CUGCCCGGCAGCUGUCACCUUCCCCCUCCUCGCCAUGGGACACGGCUCUGCUGCCACCCCGGCCCCGGCCGUCACAUGAAUGGUCCCUGUGGCAGGGCAGGCACCCAGCGGGCAGGACACCCUGCACCCCCUCAUACAUCCCCUGUGCUCAGCAUCCCCCUCCCCACCACCACUCCUCUACCACCUCUGGGAGCUGGUGGGGCUCGGGGCAGCGGGGUGCUGACACCCCCUGCCCCCCUCGGGAUGCCCGGGGGACCCCCCAGGCUGGACGGGCACCCCUCGUGGGCCAGGGCAGCAGGCAGGACCGGCCAAGAUAACGCGGAGCCGGGGGCUGCCACCAUGCCCGACUCGCCGGCUGAUGUCAAGACACAGUCCAGGUCCACGCCACCCAGCAUGCCACCACCGCCACCCGCUGUCACCCAGGGAGCCACACGUCACCCCUCCUUCACCGCAAACACCAAUCGAGACGCUGCCCCCCCGACGUUUCUGCCCCGCGGCCGUUUCCAUGGGUGCUUGAAAUGGUCGAUGGUCUGUCUUUUGAUGAACGGGAGCAGCCACUCUCCAACCGCCAUCAACGGGGCCCCCUCCACCCCCAAUGGGUUCAGCAAUGGGCCGGCCACCUCCUCCACUGCCUCCCUCUCCACCCACCAGCUCCCCCCAGCCUGCGGGGCCCGCCAGCUCUCCAAGCUCAAGCGGUUCCUCACCACCCUGCAGCAGUUUGGCAAUGACAUCUCCCCCGAGAUCGGGGAGCGGGUGCGGACCCUGGUCCUGGGGCUGGUGAACUCCACCCUCACCAUCGAGGAGUUCCACGCCAAGCUCCAGGAGGCCACCAACUUCCCGCUGAGACCCUUCGUCAUCCCCUUCCUCAAGGCCAACCUGCCCCUGCUGCAGCGGGAGCUGCUGCACUGUGCCCGCAUGGCCAAGCAGAGCCCGGCCCAGUACCUGGCCCAGCACGAGCAGCUGCUGCUGGAUGCCAACACCUCCUCCCCCAUGGACUCCUCCGAGCUGCUCCUGGAGGUGGGAGAGAGCGGCAAGAGGAGGACCCCAGACAGGACCAAAGAGAACGGUUUGGACCGAGACCCUCUACACCCCGAGCACCUCAGCAAGCGGCCGUGCACCAUGAGCCCGGCACAGCGCUACAGCCCCAGCAACGGGCUGGGACACCCCCCAAACGGGCUGGGACACCCCCAAACAGCCCCUACCCUGCCCCAGCACUACCGCCUGGAGGACAUGGCCAUGGCACAUCACUACCGUGACAGCUACCGCCACCCCGACCCCCGGGAGCUCCGCGAGCGCCAGCGGCCCUCCGCGGUGCACGGGGCACGGCAGGAGGAGGUGAUUGACCACCGGCUCACCGACCGGGAGUGGGCAGAGGAGUGGAAACACCUCAACAACCUGCUGAACUGCAUCAUGGACAUGGUGGAGAAGACGCGGCGGUCGCUGACGGUGCUGCGGCGGUGCCAGGAGGCCGAUCGCGAGGAGCUCAACCACUGGAUCCGGCGCUACAGCGACGCCGAGGACAUGAAGAAAGGCAGUCCCCCCUCCGCCCGACCCCACAACAGCUCCUCCACCCCCGAGGCACCUCAGUUAGACGCGCACCGGGAGUUCGCCCCGCGGCCGCUCUCCGGGUACAUGCCAGAGGAGAUCUGGAGGAAAGCUGAAGAAGCCGUGAACGAGGUGAAGCGCCAGGCCAUGACGGAGCUGCAGAAGGCAGUGUCGGACGCCGAGAGGAAGGCCCACGAGCUGAUCACCACGGAACGGGCCAAGAUGGAGAGAGCCCUGGCUGAGGCCAAGCGGCAGGCAUCGGAGGACGCCCUGACUGUCAUCAACCAGCAGGAGGACUCCAGCGAGAGCUGCUGGAACUGCGGGCGCAAGGCGAGCGAGACCUGCAGCGGCUGCAACACCGCCCGCUACUGCGGCUCCUUCUGCCAGCACAAGGAUUGGGAGAAGCAUCACCACGUCUGCGGGCAGACUCUGCAGGGGGGCCCCGCCGUGGGGGGGCUGCCACCGGCUCCAGGACAACCCGACGGGGUGGCCACCGUGGCCAGCAGCCCCGGCGAGACGGGCUCGGCGGCCGCUUCCCGCGCCGGCACGCCGGCCACCCCGGCACCGCUGGAGAGCGCGUCCCGUUGAGUGCCACCCCCGCUGUCACCGCUGCCACCGCGCUCCAAAGGACACGGACUGCACUCGGGGUGACUUCCUCACAGCUACCUGACUCGUGUGACCUCCGAAACGACCUCUCUAGCUCUCAAAAUUAAUCCUCACGGAUCCUCAAACUGGGCUUUAAGUGGAGUUCAAGGCAAAUACCGGUCUUCUCUGUUCUCUCUCUUCAGUCCUUCUGUUGGCUUUUGAUUUUUACAUUUUCUUGGGUUUUUGUUUUUUUUUUUACUAUCAGGAGAUUGUCGUUCAUUUUUGCUGGUGGUUUCUGAGAUUUUUGGUUGGUUUUUUCCCUUUCCAGACGAAGGAUUUGGCUGCAGCCUCAACACGCAGCAGUGUGGGGAGAGCCUGGCCCCGCAUCAGCGCUGCUGAGGAGGAAAGAAACGUUGAGGGUUUGAUUUUCUUUUUUCCUUGGUCUCUUUCUUCCUUUUUUUUUUUUUUUAAAUUUUCUCCCUAUUUUUUUUCCAUUUUUGUAAAAAACGAAACAAAAAAAAAAAGAACAAAAAAACAAAGAAAACAAAAAAGAAAACGUCGGACUCUUGGGCUUUAAGUAAGAAAUUGUAAAAAGAAAAAAAAAAAAAAGGAAAAAACCACACACACAAAGAAUAAACAAACAGAAAAAAAAAAUAAAAAUCCAAAAACCAGACGAGGCCAAGUCAAGGCACUUGCCGGACGCUCACCUGUAACUACCUUGCUAGCUAGCCAAGAACAGACCAGACUCACCUCUGCUCCAAAGGAAAUCCAAAUCCAAGGAAGAUCCAAACGUCUCCACUGCCAAAGUUCGUUUCGUUCUCUUGUCGCUUCCUUCCCUUCCCUGCAAGGAUGGACAGACGUGCCCCCGGGGCUUUAAAGAGUUUCUAUUAAAAUAAAGCAAAAAAAAAAAAAAAAAAAAAAAAAGGGUGGUUUUUGUUUUA